GCCAGCAGCAUCUGCGGCGAGGGGCCUGGCGCUGGCGGGCGCGGUCGGUCUUGCGCUUUCUCGAGUCGCGCGGCUGUCUUCUUGCGAUGGCGGGGCGGGGCAUCGAGCCAGUCAGCGUCGCAGCGGGCGAGGUGAGUUCGAUGAUUCGUCGGGCGCGUUGGUGCCAUGGAGGCGAUCAUUUUCUGGAGGAGGAGGAGGCGGAGGAGGAGCGGCAGCAGCAGCAGCGAUGCCGGCGGCCGGCUUCGGAAGCGCCAGCGCGCGAUGUUCGGCGGCAUGGCCGCGAGUGCUGUGCUGGUGAUGGUGAUGGUGCCCGAGAGGUUGAGGCUAAAUUCGGUGUCUGAUUCGAGGGAAGAGCGGAGGAGGAAGAGUGGACUAGCUUGAAGUCGAGCUUGAAUUGAUGCAGAGACUGAGUGCUUCUGUGACAUUGUGGACCUGGAUCGGGGAAGCGAGGUUUUCUGAGCUUCAUUACAGGGGAUGGGGUUUAUAUUAACCUAGAUUGGAUAUGUGAACCGGUUGAAGCUCGUUCAUAAUAAUUCCGGAAGUUGUCAAUCUACAUUGCCUUGAGCUGAGAGAAGCUCGCACGUGUGUCACAGCAGUGAUGUGCAAGCUGUCCUCGAACAAUUUUGCCAAUGUUGUGACCUAGAUUGACCAGAGGAGCUUCAUGUGCUGAGCUCAGAGCACAUGAAUUUCCGGGAUCCGGUGAAAAAAAAAUCCGCCUGAGCAUAAACUCUACAGAGACUUGCGUGAAAACUCUGAACAGAUCGCCGCGCUGACCUAGACUGGAGGUCAUGAAUUUCGCGGAACUUCAGAUGGAUUCGAACAUUUCAAUCAGGAUAUCAUAACAGCAAUUUAGACGACUUCAACCGCAUUACACUUGAAGUGGUCAGCAUUUCCCAUGAUUGCUCGAUCUACUCGCUGGCCUCGAGAGGAAGGAGCUGUUUAAGGAAUGUUGAGCCUUCAGAUGUCAAGGCCUUGAUGACCAACGGAGGACACGGGGUGGAAUCUGAAAAGACGAAUGCGGGCUGUAAUUCUGCCCGAGAACAGGCUCUGUUCGAGCGAUUGCGUGACUUCUUCGACAUCCCGUCGUUCCGCGAUCGCUCGGUGUUUCACUCGCUCGAGCAAUCCGAAGGUUGCCGUUGUAUAUGGCCAGUUCGCCACAUUUUUUGCUAUGGUGUUUGUUGGCGCUCACUUCAACUGGAUGGCUACUUUUUAACUUCGCUGCCAAAGGGUUGGCGUGGCUGGUGGGCAGGGCCCUCAAGGCCAAUGUCAGCUUUGAGUUCGAGGGACUGUUCUGCGUGAAGGAUCUCAGUAUCCAAUUUACCAGGGGUUCGGUGGCGUCGAUUUCGAUCGCCGACAUCAAUCUGCAGCUACUCUAUCCAUUCGCGUGGUUGGGCAUACACUAUGGACAGAGUGAGCCCAAGUUACAGCUCAGUAUUCUGGAUGUCGAGGUUCUUGUGCAGAAACCUAUCAAGUCCCCGAAGCGAAGGAGCUCGAGACCCAAAAAGGCACGCGAUCGCACUGGUAAGAGCUCUUCGCCUUUCAAAUAUUGGCCGAUCGUUGCGAAGAUCGGUAGAUACUGCAGCAUUGUCGUGGCGGACUUCGUGGUCCGGAGUGUGGAGAUACCCAAUGCAUCGCUGGAGGUCAACAACAUGGACCUGGACGCCUUUGAUCUCGAGAAUUGCCCCGAGGAUACCCUCGGAGUCAGGCUGGUCAUAGCGCCCAUCCAGGCCCAUGUUCGAGACUUGCAUUUCGACAACGAGGUGCUCGAUCUUAUCUACGGCCAACAACCGACCAUGGGCGUGAACAGGGACUCCGUCCUUUUGUCCCUGGAGCACUUGACAGUGACCAGUAAUUUGGAUUUUGGCAAGGAGUCGGGAAUGGUGAUUCAGCAGGUCGAGGUGAGUUUGGGAGAUGCUGCGCUCAAUUUGACCGAGGAAUUGCUUUUCGGCGAGAACGGCCUCAUGGCCAAAUUGGGCUCCAAGAAGCAGCCCGGGGUGAUCGUGCAACCAGAGCCGACGAGGGAACAACCUCCCGAGGUGGAACAACAUCCCGGGAACGGCAAUGUAGCUCCGGAAGGAAUUCCGCCAGCGACCAGGGCAAGAAAGGGUCCUGGUUUGCUGCCAGAGAAAAUCCUCUUCACCUGGCCCGUCUUCAGUCUCAAUUUUAGUCAAAGAGACGAAGGCCCGGUCAUGAGGAACAAGAUCACAGGGAUAGCACUGCGGACUCGAAUUACCAAGUCUGCGGGCGAAGCUGAUCAAGUCUUUGCAAUCUGGGACACCUUAUUGGAAUGCGGAGAAAUCUGCGUGUUGGAAGAGCCCGAAUGGAGCCUUUUCCGUAUCGCAAGGGUCUCAGUCGUGGCUAUUGUGGAGAUGCAGAUCACGGCCAACUUUAGUCCACGGGUGAAGGUCGAUGCAAGUUUGGAAGGAACUCGGUGCAACUUGCACUACCAGUCUGUGGAUGAAAUUCUCAAGCUUGUCCUGCGUCUGCCUAAGAAGGCCUCCAAGCCUAAGCCCGAUGGUGCAGGUAUUGAGCCUUCUCCGCCGCCGACGAAGAAGAAGCGCAAAUCCAAGCUAUGCUGGGUCUGUACGGUCUCCGUCCCAGAUAUAGUUGUCUCUGCCAUCGACCAAGAAGGUGCAACGAAGCACAAGAUCUGCUCCCAGUCGUUGCAGUUGUUUGUAGACAAUGUUUCAGGACCAGCUACUAGGAUGCAGGUAGAACUUUGGGAGUUAGAAGUUUUGAGUGUCGAGGAAGUAGAUGAUAGAAGUAGAUUAUCGGGAGAAGUUACUCCCACCCAGUUCUUCCGUCUGGGAACUUUAGUUAUAGAGUGGGGAAAGAGUGAAUUGCGCGUCGAGGAAGAGAACGACGUGAGGACCUGCAAUGUGUUGAUCGUGGAACUGAGCGAUAUUGUAGUGCUCCUGAGUGCCAUUCGGAUAAAAUCCGUUCUCGCAGCAGCCUUGGAUGCCAAAGCUUACAUGAAAAGUGUUAUCGGGGAAAAGCCAAAGAGUGCACCGAAGACUGCCAGCACCAGCUCUUUGAAAAAGAAGAAGGCCUGGAUGAAGACGGAGUUUGGCGUGCGAGGUUUGUCCGUGCAGUUCGUGGGGCCUGUUGUGGUGGAAGAAGGUGAUGUUCCGGAUCCGAAGACUGUAAAUUAUGGAGAUCAGGGAGGCAGAGUUGUCAUUUCGCAAGCCGAGGAUGGAAGCCUACGUUCUGCCAACGUCAGGGCCACUGAGUCCUACACAUCUCGGAAGGGUGAUUUUUUUGGCAGAGCGACGUUCGAGAUUGCUUCAGGUCUCGUGUCCUCAGACAACGAGAAGAAAGACGUGCAAGUCCUCAUCGAUCGUGCUGAGCUGCACCACAAAGACCUUGAUAGCGAAGGAUUCGUCAUUUUGAAGACUUCAUUAUUUCUCCUAGAGGCUGCGAGGGUUUUGUAUGAAGGAGGUGACACUGUAUCAGGCUCACCAGCACGUUUGCUUCUUAGUCUGAAAACUCUGAAUGGACAUUGGAAUCCCGAUGUGCAUCUGUUCUACCACGAUAUUGCUUUGCAACUGACAAUGCUUGGAAAAGGCUUGAGUGGGAAAUCGAAGGAAGCCAAUGGUGCGGAGGAUGGAGUUCUCAAAUCGAGCGAGAAGGAUGAAAGCACUCCUGGUCCAUCAAAAGCUGCCAAACCCAAGCAGAAGCUCAGGAUUGCUGUAGAUUUGGAAAAGCUGAAUUUGAAUGUCAAGGCUGCUGAAGAUGCCGUCUUCAGCUUGCAUGUCCAGUAUUUUGUAUCAGAGGAUGUAGAGAUAGGGUUUCUUGCCGAGCAAAUAGUCGUGAUAGCCAAUAAAGCUCAGGUCUUUCGUGUUGAGCACGGGCAGUUUUGCAGAUUGCCUUGGAUCUCAUUGGAGGAAAGUGCACCACUGAGUUGGAAUGGCCAAGUUAGAAGAGACUGGAAGUUAGUCGUUCAGGCGAGGGCAGUUCAUAUAUUUAUGCCUUACAAAUUGGGAUUCAUGGCUCUGGAUUACGCAGCCGAGGACAUGGAGAGAGUUUUGAGGAUCGUGAUGAGAAUGCAGAAGAGCAGGUGGAGUUCACAGGGUGCAGCUGUUAGUCAGCCAAAGAAGAAACAGUCGUCGUCUUCCUCACAAAUUCAGCUGGUUUUGGUUUCGGUCGAUGAGCUGAACUUUGAAAUAGAAGAAGAACCGAUUCAGGGUUGGCUGGAUGAGCAUUACCACCUGAUGAAGAAAGAAGUCUGCGAACUCCUCGUCAGAGAGAAGCUGCUGGAAGAAAAAUACGAGGACACCACCAAAAACACUGGUGAUUCUCAUGUACAACAAAGCUCCGAGACAGUCGCUGCUGCGUUGAAAGCGCUUGAAACCGAGAGGGAAAAUCUGCAGAAGGAAACGUUUAGGUCUUACCGGAAAGCCUGUGAAAGCUUGGUUCUGGAAGAGGUUUCCGAAGCUUGGAAGGGCCACCCGCAGGCUGGUUUUCGAAUGAGUAAGAAGCGCAGAUCACUACUCUCGGCGAAAGCCACUCAUGUGGAAGUCAACUUGACCUUGAUCAAGGGAAGCACAAUCGAAACAGCGAGAAAGCUCGAUUGUGUUGGUCCGGAGAUGCAGAUCCCUUACGCCAAAUGCUAUGGUAGGCAUUUGAAUCUCCAGGCUUCUUCGUUGGUGGUGAAUCUUCGAGACUACACAUUGCCUCUGGUAAGCACAGGCUUUCUGGAUGCGGAAGGGGAUGUCGUUGUAGCCCAACAAGCUACCGCUUUUCCUCCUCAAUAUAGGAUGGAAGUUCCUCUCGGGCAACUCCGGGUUGUAGAGGUGUGGAGAUCGAUAAGUGGUGCCACCCCGGCAUUCAAGACUUUCACCGAUCUAGUCAUACAGGCUGAUGCAGGUGAAUUUUCUUAUGGGGUUGGAUAUGAACCGCUUUUUGCGGACUUGAGUUAUGCUUUUAGUGCGGCCCUCGCCAAGGCCAAGAGUGCCAUUCCUGUGGUCAAGAAAGAGCGUAGUUUACCGUGGUGGGAUGAUAUGAGGUACUAUAUACACGGGAACAACACCCUGAAGAUCAAGAACUUCAAGUGGACCUUGCAAGCGUCCUCGGACCCUUACGAGGAUCAAGAUAUCCUGGAUCUGGUCGCGGCCAACUUGGAUAUAGAACAGUCUGAAGGAAGCGUGGUUCUAACUGCUGGAGAAUUCACGUGGUGGAUGAUGCAAGGUACAUCCGGAUUCCAGUCCCCUCCAUCGAAUGUACGAGACAAGUUUUGUGUCCUACAUUCUCCCGGAUUCAAGACGGAGAUUUUGAUGGUAUGGGGUUGUGAGUCGGGAAAUCCGUUCCAGCAUUACCUUCAUCCGUUCCCUCAGGAUCCCAACCCACCCACCAAACGUUUCGACUUGUACAGAUCGACCUCUCUAUCGUUAACCUUUGCAUUUUCCUUGCUUACUGCUCCCGUAACUAACGCCAUUGGGAAGUCUGGUCAGUCGUUACAGCGCAUGAUGUGUAUGAAGGGCAAGUCCUCUCUCACCGGUGACAGGAUUCGUCCGGGUCAGAUAUUGGGUGGCUUCAAACCUUCAGUGCAGUCAGAUGGGUCUUUCCUUGGAAAGCAGGGCACAUAUCCAACGCUGUACUUCGGCUCUGACGAGCUCGCUUGGAUUUUCAAACUCUGGAAUCUGCUGUACCUGCCGCCGCAAAAAAUUCGGACGUUUUCAAGGUGGCCCAGAUACGGGAUACCCCGAAUCCCACGUUCAGGGAAUUUAUCCCUGGACAAGGUGAUGACUGAGUACCUGCUCAGAGUUGAGGCGACGCCAGGGUGCAUCAAGCAUAUAUCGCAGCUGGAUGAUGGGGACCCAGCGCACGGUCUGACGUUCAGUAUGAAGAAGCUGAGAUACGAACUCCUGUACAGUCGUUGUCAAAGUUUCUUCGACAGCUACGGACCUCGUGAACCUCUUCUGGCCGUGUAUCAGGGCUUGGAUAUCACUGUGCUCAAUGCCGUGCUCGACAGAACCUCCGCCUCUGCGCACAAGCACCGGGAUAGUGGAGAAGAAUAUGACAGGGAGGACAAAGUUAAAGAACUCUUGGGGCUGCAAGAGGACUUUCUUGGUGACUCGGGCAAUGACAGUAAAGGGGCAAGCGAGACUGUGAGCGGUAAGGGGUUUCUGUUGUCCAUAGAUUCCCUCACCUUGCGGAAGCAGGCACCGAAGGCCGAUGUAUCUCAGCUCUCUGCACUGCUACAUUAUAAGAGACUGUCUCGAAGUGAUAAGGCGCUUGUUUACAUCAGUGAAAGCGCUGGCAAUGGGAGCGAUCCAGCUCGGUCAGAUGCAAGUGAUGAUGACGGUUUGGUCUCUGCAGACAAUUGUCUCCGUGUAUUUGUAUAUGGUUUGAAGCUGCUGUGGACUUUGCCCAACAGAGAUGCGGUGUGGGCGUGGUCUGGGGAUUUAGCACGGGCCUUCGAAACCCCGAAGCCAUCACCUUCAAGGCAAGCUGCCCAACGGAAACUGAGGGAAUUGAAAGAGAACGUGUCAUCCGAAGCUUGUGCAAAACCGGCCGUGGCGGUCGUAGAGCAAUCAGCUGACACUACGGAGGAGGAGGGUGUUAUGCACUUCAUGGUUAACGUCGUUCAGCCUCAAUUCAAUCUCGACUCAGAGGAUGCCCAUGGCAGGUUGCUUCUCGCGGCUGCGAAUGGGAAGGUGCUGGCACAGUCCUUCCACUCGAUCGUAGCUGUGGCCCAGGAGGCCAUCGCAAAUGCUCUGGCCAAACAAGGGGUUGUCAUCAGUCCACAAGGAGGAACGCCUGUGAUUGCUUGGAAGCGUCGUGAACUGUCGGUCAUGUUGGAACAGGUGCAAGCGCAUGUCGCUCCAACAGAUGUUGACCUCGGAGCCGGUCUCCAGUGGCUCCCUAAAGUUCCUACGGGUGACUUGAAUAGGGCCCCUAAGGUUCGGCGAACGGGAACACUACUGGAGCGUGUCUUCACUCCUUGCGAUAUGUACUUCCAGUACACUCGUCACAAGGGAGGAACGACAGACUGUAAGGUAAAACCUCUCAAGGAGCUCUCCUUCAACUCUUCCGGCAUUACUGCCACAAUGACCUCAAAUCAGUUUCACAUCAUGAUGGAUGUCAUCAGCAAUCUUCUUCUUGCAAGACUCCCUAAGCCUCGAAAGCGAUCGUCAGUGCAUCAAGUGAGUGGAGAGGUCGCCACGGAGGAGGACGGAGAAGAGGAAGUUGACGAAGUCGUUCCAGAAGGAGUGGAAGAAGUGGAGAUUGCUCGGAUUAAGCUGGAGCAAGCGGAGAGGGAAUGUCAGGAAAUAUUGAACCAUUGUGGUUUGUUAAGACGUCUUGGGCACUUCACUGAAAGCACUGAGAUACAGACCCUGAAGAGGGAAUUUAUGAUAAAGUGCACAGCUCGCAAAGCCGCAUCUGUAUUGUUAAGGGCUGCCCUCAAGAGAGCCGCACAGCAGCGUCUUGCGGAGAAAGAAAAGAACAGAAGUCCAUUAGCAGCAAUGCGGAUCUCCUGGACCAUCGACAAGUUCGGUUGGAACAUGCUUUGCGAUGGAGAAUCGUUUGCAGAGGCAGAAAUCGACUCUAUGAUCUUGAAGGUCGACAGGGAUUUUGAAGACAUUGGCGUCGCUAAAUUUACAACGAAAUCGUUCGUCGUUAAGAAUUGCUUGCCGGGCGCCAAGUCCAGCAUGAUAUUGUCGCCCUGGAAUCCUCCUGCCGGAGACGAGUGGGGCAGAAACGUCAUGCUCCGAGUGGAUGCGAGACAAGGGGCUCCCAAGGAUGGGCAUUCUCCUCUCGAACUCUUUGUGGUCGAAAUAUACCCCUUGAAGAUUCACCUGACGGAGUCGAUGUACAAAAUGAUGUGGGAGUACCUUUUCCCGGAAGAGGAGCAUGAAGUGCAGCGCCAGUCGGUACGGACGCAGCAUCAAAAAUUGAGUCUCACCAUGACCACCAACAGUGGGGGCAGCAGAGACAGUCGACUCGUUUCGAGAGAUGACUAUGAAUCUCUCAUGGACGACGGCACAUCCAGGAACAUGACUGUCGCUGCGGGAACAUCGGUUCGAGCCUCUGCGUCUUCUCUGCAGUUCACUUUUCCUGAUGACUACAACAAUCCAGCUGUCAAUUCCACCACCACCACGACUGUGGAGACGGUGAAGAUUAGGGAGCAAAAGACGAAGAAGGGCAGUAAAGUCGUAGUGCAGGAGGAGAAGAAGGUCACAGAGGAGAAGAAGGUCACGCGAACUCAUAAAAGUGUCCUGGAGUUCCACAACAUCAAAAUAAGUCAGGUAGAGUUGCUGGUAACGUAUGAAGGAUCGCGUUUCUCUGUAGGUGACAUGCGUCUUCUGAUGGACACCUUCACACGCGAGAGGUUUUCGGGUUCCUGGCGUAGGUUGUUCUCCAAGGUCAAGAAGCACAUCAUCUGGAGCGUGCUGAAAUCUGUCACGGGCAUGCAAGGGAAGAAGUUCAAAGACAAGUUGCCAGCACCGAGCCACAUUGAUGGCACCGAAGGCGGGGAAAAUUCUAGUGAUAGCGAUUCGAGCACAAGCCAAGCAGGACACGACGAUCAGUUCCCCAUAGUUCGGUUUAGGAAGUAUAGUGACCGAGCUGGGGAAGGAUUUGUAUCUUCCAUCCGAGGGCUAUUCAAUUCUCAGCGGCGUAAAGCAAAAAAUCUAGUUCUGAAAAAGUUGACAACGGAUUUAAGAACCAGCACUGAGUCAGUCGGUUAUAUGAGUGGACAAGAUUUAGAGACCAUAACAUCAACCCAGGAUUUUGAGAACUUAGACAAUAAAACCAAGCGGCUUCUCCAACGCCAUUCUCGGAAGCUGCGCACUUCUUCUGGGCAGAGAGGUGUUUUCGGCUUGCCGUCCCCGUCAUCUUCCUCUUCCUCACCCCAGCAUGCAGAGGGUGACCAUUCAGAUGCUUCUUCAACCUAUGAAGACUUCCAUGAAUAGCGACUCUGUAACGGCCGAAGCUCUUCCACUUCGAGAGCUGCUCUUAUACUUCUAUCAAUACAGAAAUGUCGCAGACGAGACAAAGUCAAGAAGACCAGCACCUCUUGCACACAGCUAGGUUGUCUCUGGCAUGCUACUUGAACUGAUGGUCAGCCUCUGUAUUUGAAGCGUCGAGGAGCUAUGGGUUUGCCACCGAUUGUAUUAUGCUUCUGUCUAGAAACUACCCAGGAUCCAAUCUACGCUUUUCAAACCGGGGGAUGCAUUGCAUCGAAGUUUAGCUCUUAGUGCGUGUGUCCCCACACAUCUCCGACUAGAGCAGAGAAGGUCGUCAAAGGACGUGUUCCCCUUGUUUCCACUUCCCUUCUGAGAGCCACCUGCGGUUGUCGAACGAGAACCACGUUCUCAUAGAUGGCCUGAUCAGUUUCUCAAGUGAGGCGAGAUGACUUGUGCAGGUUCUGGGUUGGCCUGUGCGAAUUUACUCGGACAAUCUGAUCAACACUGCUCAACAUAGGCACGACGGUCACAAGUGUGCGAGUAAGUGGAUGUAAUCAAUAAUUGGUGCCUUCUGACUAGAUACACGGCAUUGCGGUUUGGAUCGAGGGAGGGAGAUGCAGCAGGCACGCGACGUGGCAGAAUGAGUUGCUGGAUGAUGGCGAGCUUCCGUGCUCCAGGACGGAAAUGGAAAUGCUGAGUAUGAACGUAACGUUAAGACAUAUGGUAGGAGUGGUGGUGUCCUGUUGUAUUGCUUCACGAGUUCUUGCGUGUUGGAGUGCAAGCACCUUGUCCAGUAGAUGGUUGGGCUGGCCAAGCGUGUGACAAGCUCAUGGCUGUUGUGAAGUAUCGGUGGCUGAGAUGAGCUUCCGUGAGGUUGCUAGCGGUUCCGAACUGUUGGAGGGAGAGUUCGAUGGUGCACACAUCGAGUAAAAACGGCGGUCACGAGUGUUAGCGUGAGCGCUUCAUGAUUGCCUGUCAAGUAAACCUCGUACCUUCUCGAGACAGCAGAAUUCGACGGGCAAUUAUGUGCCGGAGUGGUUAUACACGGUGCUUAGCUUCUCGACCAUGGGACAAGGGCAAAUUUUAAGAAAUUGUGAGGCAAUGUGAACUAUGUGCAAGAACUCGGACUGUUGUUGGAGUUCAAUAUCAUACUUUGCAGAUUACCGACCCUAUGGUAGUCUAGUCAACAGCUGUAUCACAUCAUUCAAGCACUCAGAAGGCUUGGAUGGACGUGUAUUAAAGUUUUGCGAGUAUUCCCGAAAGCAAGGGAAUCGCAUUUCAGCUUCUGCCGGUAGGCACUAGUUGAAAUGUGCAUUUGCGCACAUUCUUUUGUG